AUGAGACGCCAGAACCGCUCCUGCGACCAGUGCCGAAAGGCCAAACGGGCAUGCGACGCGCCCUCGCUUUGGGAUAUCCAACGAAAUUCAGAGAGACUUCGCAAUGGCGCCGACGGUGCCAACGGCGUCUCUCUCGCCGAGGAGCAUCUCGAUGAGAUUGAUUCACGAGCCCUACGAUGUUCUUACUGCCUUCGCACACGAAAACAAUGCACAUUCCACUGGGUUCGUGCGCAACUACAGACCGGUCCUGCCAACGCCAACGGCGAUGUCGCUGCCCAGAAUGGAGCCAAUGCCCGUCGCGUCCCCGAUCAAUCGCGCACCAAGGCCAAGCGUCAACGGCCGCGCACUCAGCAACAGCAGACGGGACCUUCUCCUACACAGGCCCCUCUGCCCACGCAGGGCCUCGACGUUAAUGCCACUGCCUUGCUAGACAUGUUACAGGCGCCGCCGACGACUCACGAUCUGACAUGUUGGGGACCUAUGGACCCCAACUUUGCCAACUUUCCAGCCUUUCCCAACACCACAUUCGAUACCAUGCCCGUGAAUAACGUCUUCGACCCGACUGCCUUCGACGCGAGCCUACACAACACGGUCCUCAACAGCCUCGAGACUCAUUCGACCCCGGCACACCCACCUCCGAUGGACCUUACGCCACCCACCGAGCUUACGAGUCAAGCCCUUCACGCCAGGCAACGUGCUACAAACGAGGAGGAGAAUGGCGAGAAUGGAUGGCCUCUGUUUCAGACUCAGUCUGUUGGCAGCGAUGUUCCUUUCCAGCCGUCUCCGUCGGUUUCCAACUCAUACGAGAGCGACGUUUCUUCUCGCUCCCUCAGCGUGCGCCACUACCCAGAAAGCAUUGCAAGGAGUUAUGGCACUUCGAUUUCGCCUUUCUCAGUAACCCACAAUAUGAUGACCAAGACGAACAACAACCUGAUUUCGGACAACUUGAUGCGGAUAUACCACGACGUUUUGGAGCAUGCAUUGUCUUGCUGGCUAUCUGAAGAGACUUGCCCUUACAAACCCAAUGCUAUCGCAAGGCCGUCGAGCAAUGGCGUUAGCUGGUUAGCCUCUCAUUUUGAGGGUCUUAGUGUCGGUCAACCAAAACAGCAAGACAACAGAAUCUACCGCCGUGUUAUUCAGCUCGACAAGCAAGCACAAGCGACGAAGCUGAUUCGACUCUCCAAAUCUGAGGAUCGUGCAGCAUCCAAGGCCCUGCACCUAGCCAUCAUGGCGUUUGCCACACAGUGGGCUCAGGGCAGUCAGCGCGAGCGAGACAGGUUCCCACAAAGUCUGAGCCAGCUGGACAGUAUGAGAUCCGAGUUUGAUGAGAUUAACGAGGAUUUCGACCGGACGCUCCAACGCACUUUCUGGGCACAGGCCAAGCGCGCCCUCCAGGACUGCUCUGAUAUGGAGUGUUUCCGCGUGGUUUGUGCGGACUUGAUAAUGGGACUGGCCCAGAAGCCAAUGGAAGAUGAGGAUCUUAACGACAAGACUUACAGCAUGAGCAACUUUGGUGGCGAAAGCCCCAUUGCCUCGGGUGAAGGGUCAAUCGCUUCCCAACUGAGCGAGAUUAUUGCUCAGGAAGGUCCGCCAGUAUUUAUGGAGCGAGCGGCCCGGAAGAUGCAUGCGCUCAAGUUUCAGUAUGAGGCUCGGGAGACGGGGGUGCUUGACGCGUCCAAGAGCUCGCUUGGCCUGGAAAAGGCUACCUCGGCUGAAUCGUUGAGUGAGGAAGACAGAGGUACCAUUGGUCUUGUCUACUGGAUGACUGUCAUGUUUGACACUGUCUCUUCGUCGAUGAACGGCCGGCCCGUGGUUGUAUCGGAUGAGGAGUGCCACCAUGACCCAACCUAUCCGGAUCACCCAGAGCAUGAGUCCUACAAUAUCGAGUACCGACCACAGGACGCCAGGUGGUGGGCGGAGCUUUUUGUUCGCGACAACAAGGAGGGAGUCCUUCGCUGGCCUUGCACAUAUGAUGCUGCGGCCAAGGGCGUUGUCACGGCGGCCCCCAUCAAAGUGAUACUAUUUCGCCACGUCUCGUAUCUGCAGAACACUGUUAGGAGCAGAUACCGUGGUGAGCCGGUUGAGAAGGUCAUCUCGAAUGCUAUGGCCGUAUACAAGCAUUGGAAUGUUACGUACGGCGCCUUCUUCCGGGACCUUGUCGAACAAUACGACACGGUCCCGACACACAUCCAGAGCUGGUUUGUGUGUGUGGUUGCUCACUUCCACUGCGCCGCUCUGUUGAUGGCGGACCUGAUUGAGCUUGUUGACGAGAACAAGCUAGGCUUGGACUACUCGACACAGGUUCGCCAGUCCACCAAUGUGGUAACUUCGCUGCGAAGAGACAGCGCGUCGAUCCUGUCGGAUCUCGCCCGAGUUUCGACAUGCCCCCGGGCUGGAGAUGUUCCCGGUACCGGUGUGUCGGAUCUUCACUUUGCGGUGGUUGAGGGUUCAAUCCUGACAGAGCCCUGGACCAUGAUACUCAUACGGGCAUUUACAAAGGCAGCUAUUCUGCUUCUCACGGAGGUGGAAGAGAAUGUGAGGCACGAUCCUGGAGCCCUUGAGGCUGCUGGGCUCAUGAACUUGGUGAGGAGGUGCGAAGACUGCACCAAGGCGCUGUGGUGCCUGGGCAAAAAGUCGGACAUGGCUCGCAACAUUGCUAGUAUUCUUUCUUCGGCGUUGGGACCAUUUAUGAUGCCGUCACCCAUGGCGGCCAUUCACGUUUGA